AUAAAAAAAUGGAAUAUUAUUUUACGAUAUUGACAAUUUAUUUGUUGAGUUCCAUUGGAUACUCACACAGCGUAGAUCGUGAUAUUAAUUUAUGCACAGAACCAAUUAAGCAUUACAAAGAGUUGGGAUGUCAUCCGGCGACAGAGGAAGGGCGACAUUGCCCAACGCGUUAUUUGUGCCCGAACAUCACGAUGUUCGAUGCCAAUCGUUGUCAUUACAGGGAAAAGGAGUACUAUAUCACGCAAAAAUUGACAGACGACAAGACGAGUGAUCAAUGCGUUACUCGAUGCACUUGUUCUGAUGAUGUUUAUCCACGGGGUUGGAAAUGCAAAGAUGUUCAAUGUCCCCAUACAACGGGAAAAAUUGAUCCCACAAAAUGUGUUGGGCAAUACAAACUCGGAAAUUGCUGUCCUCACGAAUAUCUCUGCGAGGAACGUGAGAUUGAAGAAUUAGCACAGUGCAAAUAUGAUGGCGAAAUUUAUUUAGAAGGCGAAAAAUUCUAUCCUGAAAAAGAAAAAUGUUGGAGUUGCAUCUGUACAAGGACCUUCAAUGCUUCCAUUCCGGUCAUCAAUAAUCCCUUCUGUCGUGAAAUCGAUUGCGGCAUCGAGUUGCGUUACUUUAAUGAAUUACGACGCGGAUGUAUUCCCAUUUAUUAUGAAGAUCGUUGCUGUCCCACAGAUUGGAAAUGUCCUGACAAGACAGACACUGUCGAACGUAAUGGAUACAAGAAAAACAUUCAUAAAAUAUUUUGCGAAUUUGGUGACCUUAAAAUCAAAAUUGGUGAUAUCGUUAAAACGGAUGAUAAGUGCCUGAAAUGCGUUUGCGGUAUUCCGCCGAUGCCACACUGCAUGAUCGACGAAGAUUGUGUGAUUGAGGAAAAGAGGAAGUAACAAGUUAAUUGUGUUUUGAGAAAAAAAGUGAAGGUUUACAGAAAAAAAAACAAUUCAAAUGAGAACCAUGAAAAAAACUGAGUAUUAAAAAAGUUCUCAGCAAAUAGUGAUUGUUGUAUACUAAUUGGAAAAUGAAACAAUUGAAAAAUGUGAAAAAAAUCAAUACAAUACUCAAACUCAAAAAUAUAUGAGUCAAUAU